AGGCGCCGAAUCCUCCGUCCAAAAAUGGCUUAUUUCCGGCGAGCAGCCACCGCAUUGGUUCUCAUUUUUCAGCUCCAUCUCUUUCUCUCUUUCUCAAAUGCGCAUAACAUAACCCGAAUAUUGGCCAAAGACCCUGAUUUCUCCACUUUUAACCACUACCUCUCUGCGACUCAUCUCGCGGACGAGAUCAACCGCCGGCAAACAAUCACCGUCUUGGCCGUUGAUAACUCAGCAAUGUCCUCAAUCCUCUCUAAAGGAUACUCACUCUACACAAUCCGCAACAUUCUCUCUCUCCACGUCCUGGUCGAUUACUUCGGCGCCAAGAAACUUCACCAGAUCACCGACGGCUCCACCUCCACUGCCUCCAUGUUUCAAUCCACCGGAUCUGCCACGGGAACUUCUGGAUACGUCAAUAUCACCGAUAUAAAGGGCGGCAAAGUCGCUUUUGGUGUCCAAGACGACGAUAGCAAGCUCACAGCUCACUACGUUAAAUCCAUCUUUGAAAAGGCUUACAACAUCUCUGUUCUUCACAUCAGCCAAGUCUUAACCUCGCCGGAAGCAGAAGCUCCCACAGCGAGUCCCAGCGACCUCAUCCUCACCACAAUCCUCGAGAAACAAGGUUGCAAAGCUUUCUCCGACAUCUUGAAGUCAACCGGCGCCGACAAAACGUUCCAAGAUACCGUAGACGGAGGCUUAACGGUUUUCUGUCCGUCCGACAGCGCGGUCGGUAAGUUCAUGCCGAAAUUCAAAGCCCUUUCUCCGGCGAACAAGACUGCGUUAGUACUUUACCACGGCAUGCCAGUUUACCAGUCGUUACAGAUGCUUAGAUCAGGUAAUGGCGCCGUUAACACGUUAGCGACGGAAGGUAACAACAAGUUUGAUUUCACCGUUCAGAAUGACGGAGAAGACGUGACGCUCGAGACGGACGUUGUGACAGCGAAGGUAAUGGGGACGUUAAAGGAUCAAGAGCCAUUGAUAGUUUACAAGAUUGAUAAAGUGUUGCUACCUAGAGAAAUCUUUAAGGCCGUUAAGACGGCCGCUCCAGCUCCUAAGUCGAGUAAGAAAAAGCCUAAGAACGCGGAGGCUGAUGCCGACGGACCUAGCGCCGAUGCUCCGUCAGAUGAUGAUGGUGAGGUGGCUGAUGAUAAAAACGGCGCCGUAUCAGCGACGAUUACUCGAACGAGUACUGUCGUAACGGCCAUUUUCGGACUCUGUUUUGGAGUCUGGCUUAUGUGAUGUGACGUGGCAAUUGCCUCGAUUGGAAUCUUGUCCUUUUUUUCUUGUGAUCUUUUUUAUUUGUCGGUUUAAUUUAUUUUACAUAUUCUUUUUUUUUUACGUUGAUACUUUGUGUGGAGAUUUGGAAUAAUUAAUUGUUCCACUU